AUGACAGGUGUAGCAGUAGCAAUUACUGCAAAAAAAGGAGUGUCUGGGACAAUAGAAGUCCCGGUAAAGAACGUCGGCUCACGGCCAGGUGGAAGCAGGACAGAGGAUGAAGAUGAGAAAGCUGCCCUGAGGAACCGUACAGUGAAAGAAGGAGAAGGAAGAGAAGGAGAGGGUCGGGAAAAGGCCGGGGCGAGAGCAGUCCAGAGGGCCUGUUGUAUCCUUACUCUUCUGAGCGUGUGCGGAGCCUAUGGAGGCAGUUCCACGCCGUAUCUAACUCGAAUCGAUACCUUGAAUCCAGGAUCGAGACGGGAGUCUUCGCGCGGUGGAGGCGUGGAGAUAGGGAGCAGCCCGUCGAAACGUCAGGAAAAGGGACUGUCCCUUCGCAAGUUCACGCUCUCCGACACUGGCGAGAACCCUCAAGGCUCCCAAGCCUCAAGCCUCAAGCCACCGCCGUCCGAGUUGCCGAUUUUCUCUGCGCUCCAGCAUGCAGAUUCAGAGAGUUAUCAUGCAAUUGUACGCAACGUCAAUCCUCUGAUGGCGACCUCGUCACAACGAAGCUUAAAUAUCGAAAAUCGAUGCGUCGCAAUCGUAUUUGCCUCAGUUGUCAUUAUUGUCAUCGCCUGA